GGGGCAGCUCUUGGCUGCAUUGGCGACAUGGCCGACACCCCCAGAGACGCUGGGCUGAAGCAGGCGCCCGCACCCCAGAACGAGAAGGCGCCCGCGGACUUCGGCUAUGUGGGGAUUGACUCCAUUCUGGAGCAGAUGCGCAGGAAGGCCAUGACACGGUUCAACAUCAUGGUGGUCGGGCAGAGCGGCUUGGGGAGGUCCACCUUGAUCAACACCCUCUUCAAGUACAAAAUUAGCCGGAAGUCGGUGCAGCCCACCUCGGAGGAACGCAUCCCCAAGAUCACUGAGAUCAAGUCCAUCACGCCUGAUAUUGAAGAGAAGGGCGUCCGCAUGAAGCUGACGGUCAUUGACACACCAGGGUUCGGGGACCACAUCAACAAUGAGAACUGCUGGCAGCCGAUCAUGAAGUUCAUCAACGACCGGUACGAGAAAUACCUGCAGGAGGAGGUCAACAUCAACCGGAAGAAGCUCAUCCCGGACACAUGCGUCCACUGCUGCCUGUACUUUAUCCCCGCCACCGGCCACUCCCUCAGGCCCCUGGACAUCGAGUUUACGAAGCGUCUCAGCAAAGUAGCGAACAUUGUUCCUGUCAUCGCCAAGGCCGACACGCUGAGCCUGGAGGAGAGGGUCUACUUCAAACAGCGGAUCACCGCGGACCUGCUGUCCAACGGCAUCGACGUGUCCCCCCAGAAGGAGUUUGACGAGGACUCGGAGGACCGGCUGGUGAAUGAGAAGUUCCGAGAGAUGAUCCCAUUUGCCGUGGUGGGCAGUGACCAUGAGUACCAAGUGAAUGGGAAGAGGAUCCUUAGACGGAAAACCAAAUGGGGCACCAUCGAAGUUGAGAACACCACCCACUGUGAGUUUGCCCACCUUCGGGACCUCCUUAUCAGGACGCACAUGCAGAACAUCAAGGACAUCACCAGCAGCAUCCACUUCGAAGCGUACCGGGUGAAGCGUCUGCACGAAGGCAGCCAUGCCAUGUCCAACGGCGUCGAGGAGAAGGGGCUCGAAGCCCAGGAGAUGUAGACCCACCCUGCCCCGGGGACCCAGACCCCCAGUCCUUUCCAGCACCACCCCCAGGCCCGCCCACAUGCCCCAUUUUAUUUUAUAUAAUUUUCUCCACUUGUCAUCGUUCUCUGCCCCUUUACACGCCGCCAAGUAACAAGAUCACCUGUGCCCUCCUGAAAAAAAUAAAAAAAGAGUACUGCAAUGUGAGAAGGACCUCAACCUGCUAUUGCUGGCUUUGAAAGUAAAAGAAAUAAACCAAGAGACAAAGAAUGUGGUGAAGAAGCUGGGAAUGGCCCUCAGUUUACAGCCAGCAAAAAAGACCUCAAGCCUACAAGCACAGGAAUUGAAUUCUGGCAACAUAAAGGAACGCAGCUUUGCUCAGACCUUGAUUUUCAGCCCAGUGAAACCUGCUGGAUUUCUUACCUACAGUAGUGAAAGAUAAUAAAUUUGUGGUAAGCUGCUAAAUGUGCAGUAAUUUGUUAUAGGGGCAAGAGAAAACAAAUAUGCCCAACAAAGAAGGACUGAGGACCUACUAGGUAAUAGCAUCCUAUAUAUGCAUUAAAUAUUCACAAAGUUUUAAUUAAGAUGUUUUUCUAAACCACAAAUGGAUGUCAUUUCCAAGGCCAAGAUAAAGUAGCAGGAAUCAAAU